AUGGCGGAAGCUGCAACCCAAACCGUGUUGGACAAGAUCAGCAAGGAGCUGGAAUGUCCGAUCUGUUUCUGUCGUUUCAAAGAUCCCAAGAUGCUGAACUGUCAACACAGCUUCUGCCUAAAGUGUCUGGAAAAGAUGGUGAGCAGAAAGAAGAUAAAGUGUCCAAUCUGCAGAAAAGAGACGCAAGUUCCUGACGGAGGAGUGCAAAAACUGUCUCCCAGUUUACUAUUGAGUUCUCUUGUUGAUAAGGUAAACAAAGAAGAGCAGGCAUUAAGGCAUGCAUCAUCUACAAGAGCAACAUGUGAAUCGUGUGAAGAUGGAAAUGAGGCUGUAUCAAGAUGUCUGGACUGCAAGCAGAACUUCUGCGAGAAAUGCCAAGAGGAACACAACCGUCUGAGGAACACCAAAGACCAUCGCAUCAUAGAGCUGGACAAAUCGAGGUUUUUACCUACGGAUCUUACCAAGACUGUCGCACCAAAAUGUAGACAACAUAGUGAUCAUGACAUAUGUUUGUAUUGUGAAACCUGUAAUAUACUAAUUUGCUGGAGGUGUGCUGCAACCGAGCACACGCCACCAGAUCACAAGUACACUGCAAUCUCUGACGUUAUAAAAUCAAUCCGUAAGAAUGUCAACGACGAAUUACAAAAGUUCGAGAAAAUCAAAAAGCAACUUUCAUCAAAUGGAGACUCCAUCAAACAAGCACGAAAUGGAUUACAAAAGAAACUGGCUCAGGUGCGAAGUGCUAUUGCUGCCAAAGCGGAGGAAGAGAUCGCUAAAAUCAGAAACAAAGCAAAGCUUCUCACCGAAAAGCUCGAUAAAAUCGGUGAGGAGAGAGACAGCGAGUUCGAAAAGGCGCUCCUAUACAACCAUGAGCAGAUAGAACGCGCAGAUCAGAUCGCCACGGCAGUAAAUGACUUGAUGAGACGAGCCGAUGACUUCGAGCUUUUGGCGCGCAAGACGUCGGUGAUGCGCAACUUGGAAUUCCAGAAGGAAAUCAAGUGCGAACCUGCAAAGAUGGAUAUGGCGUUCAUCGGGGUAAAAUGUCAAGAUGUCGUCAGUGGCUGGGCACUAGGAGAACCAUUGGCAAUGAACAACAAAGGGCGGCUGAUGUUCACAAACUACGAGGAGAAGAAGCUGCUAUGCGUAGACUCUAAGGGCAACGUGCAUUUCAGCGUGACGACCUACCUGAAUGGCAAACCAGCCAAACCGACUGGUGUCCUGUGCGAUGAUGAUGGGAGCAUCUACGUCGCUGUUCACUCCGGUGAACUUAACAAAAAUGGAGUGCAACAUUACCACUCCGAUGGUGCAUUCAUAUCGACAGUUGCUCAAGGGUUGCGCAAUCCUAUAGGAAUGGCGUUCACCCCCUCUGGGGAUGUGGUUUACACGAAUCAUUCAAAU